AUGCCUCCACGCGCCAUUCAGGCAUUCACCAGGGAACGCAGGUGCCGUCAAGGCUCGGUGUUUGUCUUCCUACAUCACUUCCCCCAUGCGUGUCUCCAACGUGUAGCUAACGAGACCGGCGCGCAUCAGAUAGUAGAGCUUGGAAAGUAUGCGCACGAGGAUGAAAUGCCGGCAUGGCUUGUGAGGCUGUUGGAGACGAAAGGCGAACUCCGUGCUGGUGGCGUCGUACCAGUCCUGCAGCAGCUCCUUGAAAUGAGUACGCGGACGGAGUACGCCUACCUUUGCCAUCCAGGCGUCCAACAUGUGGCAAAGCUACGAAGAGAAGGUGCUUUCUGCGGCUAUCGCAACAUACAGAAUCUCUGUUCACAUAUCAUUGGGACCCGAGCGACUGGGUGGGAGCAGCUGGGAAGCGACAUACCGAGCGUCUUCCAGAUACAGGACUUGAUUGAAACUGCCUGGGAUCGCGGCUUCAACGCUCGGGGCCGCGCAGAGACCGGGGGCAUCAAGGGCACGCGGAAAUAUAUAGGAACACCGGAGGCACAAGCAUUCUUUGCCAGCAUGGGAUUUCCGUGUUCUGUGCAAGCCUUCAAGGCAUACAGUGACGACGACGACGCCGCGGGCCGCUUGUUGCGUGCAGUCGAGCGUUAUUUCCAACAAGGCGCAGUAGACUGCAUGGAUCGCAAAGUCCGAUGCACUUCGCUUCCGCCUAUAUAUCUGCAGCGACCCAAUCAUUCGCUCACAAUUGUCGGCCUGGAGAAGCAUAAGGGCGGCCAUGUCCAUCUCCUGGUGUUUGACCCCGAGUUUCAGGGCUCCAACACGGUCGUGCGUCUUGCUGGCAAGGUGACACCCCGUCGGCAGUCCAAGGUGACGAGGCUUCUGGAGCCGUAUCGCCGCAGCGCCACCCACUUGGAGCGCUUCAAGCAGUUUGAGGUUCUCUAG